AAUCAAGCAAGAAAGUCCCAGAGCUCACUAAAGCAAUAUUGAACAAAAAGUUGCCUGGCUUGCAUUCACCAUGGUACAAGUGGGAUGGCUAUGUACCAGUACUCUGUGUUUAGUGACCAUGGCUAUUUCAGGGCUUCUGACUGUGCAGUCUCUUCACCUGCAUGACUUUCUCAGUGUGGAGCAACUCAGCUCUACUCCACAGAGUGCCUUCUUUUUGCCAAUGGAGAUCACCAACAGAGUCUUCACCGUCGCACUGCUCAACCCAGCAUCUGAGGAAUAUCAGACCAUGUACAAAGAAGUCAGUGACUUGCUUGAAAGCAUCUAUGCCUGCCCUGACAUUACUAUAUGUCCAACAUAUAUCUUCUAUGGAGGUGUUGUGGCAAUGACUUUCAGCUCUGGAUCAGUGAUUGCAAAUGCAACAGUAAUCUUCAAUACCCUCUCUAUUAAUCCAUCCAUCAUCUAUGCAUACUUUCUUACCAAUGCCAACAACGUUGAACCCCAAACUCUCCAACUCAAUCUGGACUAUACAACCAUUGACAAAAUAACAGAAACGACAACAACCACAACUACAACAACACCUACAACUACCACAACCACGACACCCACAACUAAUACAACCAAAACUACCACUACCACAACACGUACAACUACCACAACUAUAAAAUCUGCAACUACCACAACACCUACAACUACCUCAAGCACGACACCCACAAAUACAGCAAAAACACCUACAACUAACACUACCACAACACCUACAACUACAACAACUACAAUACAUACAACUACUACAACAACUACAACACCUACAGCUACCUCAACCACAACACCCACAACUACAGCAACAACACUUACAACUACCACAACACCUACAACUACAACAACCACAACACCUACAACUGCCACAACCACAACACCCACAACUACUACGACCACAACUACAACAACCACAACACCCACAACUACCACAACUACUACAACACCUACACCUACCACAGCUACUACAACCACAACACCUACAACUACCACAACAACUACAACACCUACACUUAGACCUACCACAACUACUACAACCACAACUACAACUACCACAACACCCACAACUACAAGAACCACAACACAUACAACUACCACAACUGCAACACGUGCAACUACCACUACUCCCACUACUCCAGCACUCACAUCUACUACUACUGCAAUCCGAGAUCCCUCAACAACAUCUUCAAGUAAAACAAACACCUCUUCUGAUGACACCAUAUUGGUUUCAACCACCAAGACAAAUCAUGGGAACCGUAGUGACAUUUACACAACAAAUGGAAGAGAAAAUCCUACACAAGACCCAGCAGUGAACAACACUACAACUAUAAAUCCAUAUGACAAACACACAGAUUCUCACAGUGUUUCAAAUGGAAAGCCCAAUGAUCCCCUGACAUCAGUUGGUGGCAGCAGCAGUGAUGGAAGCAGUGACUGGGUACCUGGAUGGGGUAUUGCCCUCUUAGUAUUAGUCGCUGCCAUCUUGUUGCUACUCAUAAUCAUCUUUAUCAUGAUGUUGGUUCGAUGGUGUUGUAACAAAACAGAAAGCCACAUGGACACUACUGAAGAUCCAUAUUACGCUGAAAAGAAACAGCCAUCCCAGGACCCUCUGCCAGUUUACACACCACAAACCCCAGUGACACAGAAACAAGGGUCAACCCCUGUCAUUAUUGGGGACACACCCAGGAAGAACAGGACAGGGUUCUAUGCAGUGAAUCCUUGAGAUUCUCUGGAUGAAUGGGAGCCAUCAAGCAUCAGGCAGACUGCAGUGAGCAGAGGCAGCAUGAAGAAACAUGAACUCCAACAGCAUGGAUAAUGUACAGCAUGGAUUAACAAAUAUCAAGAGAUGUUAUUUAUUACACAGUUAAUGUUUUUGCCAUAUUUAAUUUUUUCAACAGAAUGCUGAUGUUAAGAUUAAUAAAAGUAAAUAUUGCAAAUACCUAUAUUGAUAAUGGUUACAUUAUUUUUCUGCAUAUCAGUUAUUAAAUACAAACCAAUGAUGAAUAGCUGUGUUUUUCUUUAAUAGUGUUUUUCUGGAUGAUUACAGGAA